AGUUAGUCCAUCAGAAACAUCGAGCAUGAGUCCGUCUCAGAGGAGCAUCAUCUCAGGUUUACUCUUAAUGUCAGUGUCUCUAUGUUGCAGUAAACUGUCCUGUAAAGAAGGCCACAGCGGUCCAACACAUGAGUCCAUGCAGGCCGUGUUUGACCGAGAAGCCUUCAGGCCAGCAGUGAACCUCAGCAAUCCUACCAUAACUAACAUCUCCUUCACCCUGUACGCUGUCCUGGGGGUGAACGAGAAAACCCAAAUACUCACUACUUUUUUGUGGCUGAGACUGUACUGGCAGCAUGAGUUCCUGGUUUGGGACCCUGAUGAGUGCGACGGUGUCAUCAAGAUUUCUCUCCCUGUGAAGAAGCUCUGGUCUCCUGACAUCAUAGUUUAUGAGUUUGUGGAUGAUGAUGUUUCCCAAGCGUGCCCUUACGUCUAUGUCAACCACACAGGUCACAUCCGUUGGGACAGGAUGCUUCGGCUCGUCUCAGCCUGCAACCUGAAGAUCUUCAGUUUCCCUUUUGACAUGCAGAAUUGCACAUUUACAUUUGGCUCCUACAUGCAUACUAUAAUGGAUGUGAGGGUCAGUCCAGCUUUGACCUUUCAGGAGAUGUCUCGAAACUCAAAGCGUUACCUGGAAGCCAGUGGGGAGUGGGAACUGGUGGACAUACUGGGAGAGACCUCAAUCCUCAAGUUUGGGGUCGACGAAUGGGACAUUAUCACCUUCUGGGUGGUCAUAAAGCGACGGCCGGUGCUCUACGUGGUCAAUCUGCUGAUCCCCAGCUCCUUCCUUAUGCUCAUCGACAUCCUGUCCUUCUACCUGCCCCCCCAUAGCGUUGACCGCGCCUCCUUCAAGAUGACUCUCAUCCUGGGCUACACCGUCUUUCUGCUCAUCAUGAACGACCUGCUGCCCAGCACAGCAAAUGGCACACCCAUCAUAGCCUUUUGGAGACGGUCAUCAUUACGAAUGUCCUUCACCACAACUCCAUGAAAUAUCAAGAGGUUCCAAACUGGGUCAGG